AUGAACAGAAUCCACACCAUCAGUGUUCCGUAUGCAGUGAUGAAGGCCUGUCCUCUGUCCUGGGUCCAGAGAGUCCACAUCCACAGAGCCCGUGUGGCCCUGGUGAAGUGCCGGGACCUGCACUGGGCCAUGAUGGCGCACAGAGAGCAGCGCGACACCAGCUUCACCUCACUGCGCAUGCUCAUCGUGGCAGACGGAGCCAACCCCUGGUCAGUGUCGUCGUGUGAUGCCUUCCUCAACGUGUUCCAGUCUCACGGUCUUAAGCCGGAGGUGAUCUGUCCCUGCGCUGCUUCUCCAGAGGCACUCACUGUCGCCAUCCGCAGACCCGGAGUCCCAGGCGCGCCCCUCCCGGCUCGGGCCAUCCUCUCCAUGACCGGUCUCAGUCAUGGAGUGAUCCGGGUCAACACUGAGGACAAGAACUCUGCUCUGACCGUGCAGGACGUGGGUCAUGUGAUGCCCGGAGCACUGAUGUGUAUCGUGAGACCGGACGGACCCCCGCAGUUGUGCAAAACUGACGAAAUCGGUGAAAUCAUCAUUAACUCUCGCGCCGGAGGAACCAUGUACUACGGGCUGCCGGGUCUGACCAAGAACACGUUUGAGGUGAUUCCAGUCAAUGCAAACGGAGUUCCCAUCGGAGAGAUCCCGUUCGUGAGGUCCGGGCUGCUGGGGUUUGUGGGACCAGGCAGCCUGAUCUUCGUGGUGGGUAAGAUCGAGGGUCUGCUGAUGGUCAGUGGACGCAGACACAACGCGGACGAUCUCGUGGCCACUGCCCUCGCCGUGGAGCCGGUCAAAACGGUCUACAGAGGACGGAUCGCGGUGUUCUCAGUGACGGUGUUUUACGAUGAGCGUGUGAUCAUCGUGGCUGAGCAGAGACCGGACGCCAGCGAAGAGGACAGCUUCCAGUGGAUGAGCCGCGUGCUGCAGGCCAUCGACAGCAUCCACCAGGUGGGCCUGUACUGCCUGGCCCUGGUUCCAGCCAACACUCUCCCUAAGACUCCUCUGGGAGGGAUCCACAUCUCGGACACAAAGCAGUUCUUUCUGGAGGGAAGUCUUCACCCCUGUAACAUCCUCAUGUGCCCCCACACCUGUGUCACCAACCUGCCCAAGCCACGACAGAAGCAGCCUGUGGGAGUGGGUCCUGCCUCAGUGAUGGUGGGAAACCUUGUGGCCGGGAAGAGAAUUGCACAAGCGGCUGGACGAGACCUGGGAGUGAUUGACGACCAGGACCUCUCACGGAAGCUCAGUAUGUGGCCCACUGUGCUGCACCAGUUUCUGGCUGAGGCGCUGCAGUGGAGAGCUCAGAGCGAUCCGGACCAUGUGUUGUUCGUGCUCCUCAACGCCAAGGGCAUGACUGUGUGCACGGCCACGUGUCUGCAGCUGCACAAACGCGCAGAGAAGAUCGCGGCGGCUCUGAUGGAGAAGGGAAGCAUCAACACUGGGGAGAACGUGGUGCUGCUCUACCCCCCAGGCAUUGACUUGAUAGCUGCGUUUUACGGCUGUCUGUACGCUGGGUGUGUCCCGGUAAACGUCAGGCCUCCUCAUCCACAAAACCUCCCGGCCACACUGCCCACGGUCCGCAUGAUCAUCGACGUCAGUCGAGCCGCCUGUAUCCUCACCACUCAGAACCUCACCAGGAUCCUGCGCUCCAAGGAGGCGGCGGCGUCUGUGAAUAUUAAAACCUGGCCCACGAUCAUCGACACCGAUGACCUCCCCCGUCGACGGCCUCCUCACAUUUACAAACCUCCGACCGCAGAGAUGAUCGCCUACCUGGACUUCAGCGUGUCCACCACCGGGAUGCUGACUGGAGUCAAGAUCUCUCACGCGGCGGUCAGUGCUCUGUGCCGCUCCAUCAAGCUGCAGUGUGAGCUCUACUCAUCUCGACAGAUCGCCAUCUGCCUGGACCCGUACUGCGGCCUCGGCUUCGUCCUCUGGUGCCUCGCGAGUGUUUACUCAGGGCACCAGUCCAUCCUCAUCCCUCCCUUUGAGCUGGAGAGCUGUGUGUCUCUGUGGCUCACCACGCUGAGUCAGUACCGGAUCAGAGACACGUUCUGCUCCUACUCAGUCAUGGAGAUGUGCACCAAAGGGCUGGGCAUGCAGACCGACAUGCUCAAGGCGCGCGGAGUGAACCUGUCGUGUGUGCGCAGCUGCGUGGUCAUCGCAGAAGAGCGCCCCCGUCUGGCCUUGUCGCACUCCUUCUCCAAGCUUUUCAAAGACGUGGGUCUGUCCUCCAGAGCAGUUAGCACUGCAUUCGGGUCACGCGUCAAUCUUGCCGUCUGUCUCCAGGGCACGACUGGACCGGAUCCCUCCACGGUCUAUGUGGACAUGAAAUCCCUCCGUCACGACAGAGUUCGGCUGGUGGAGAGAGGAGCUCCUCAGAGUCUUCCACUGAUGGAGUCGGGAAAAAUUUUGCCCGGAGUUCGAGUAAUAAUAGUGAACCCAGAGACUAAAGGUCCACUUGGGGAUUCACAUCUUGGGGAGAUCUGGGUGCACAGUCCUCAUAACUCCAGUGGAUAUUACACCAUCUACGGCGAGGAGGGUCUCCAGGCCGACCACUUCAACACCAAACUGAGCUUUGGGGACCCGCAGACGCUGUGGGCGCGCACCGGCUACCUGGGCUUCGUCAAGAGGACCGAGCUGCUGGAUGCAAGUGGAGAUCGCCAUGACGCCCUGUUUGUGGUGGGCUCCCUGGAUGAGACGCUGGAGCUGAGGGGACUGCGUUACCAUCCCAUCGACAUUGAGAUCUCUGUGUCCCGGGCUCAUCGCAGUAUCGCUGAGAGUGCUGUGUUUACAUGGACCAACCUGCUGGUGGUGGUGUCGGAGCUGUGCGGGUCGGAGCAGGACGCCUUGGACCUGGUUCCCCUCAUCACCAACGUGGUUCUGGAGGAGCACCACCUGAUCGUGGGCGUGGUGGUCAUCGUGGACCCCGGAGUCAUCCCCAUAAACUCCCGCGGAGAGAAGCAGCGCAUGCAUCUGAGAGACUCAUUCCUGGCUGACCAGCUGGAUCCCAUCUACGUGGCUUACAACAUGUGA